CAAUAAUCAAUUUUGAUAGCUUUGUUUUCAGUUAAAACUUGAAAAGAAUGGCUUACUUAGGAAAACAAUAUAAAUAUGUUAGAAGUGAGAAUUUCGAAGAGUUUGUUAACUCUUGCGGACUUUCUGAAGAGCAGGCAAAGGGCUACAUAAAUUUCAAGCCAUGUCAGAAAUUAAUGAAAGACGGCGACAGAUACGUUUACACGACUACAUCAGAUCAAUGGAAUAGGGAGUUGGUUUUCAAGUCUGGCGUUGAAUUCGACGAAAGAAUCGGUGAUUUUGAUAGUAAAACAGUAAUUACUGUGGACGGCAAUGUGAUGACUCAAGUCCAAAAGUUUGAUGACGGCAAAGUGAUCACAUUCAAGAGGGAAUUCAAUGGCAAUGAUCUUGUUGUGACAAUAACGAACUCUUCUUGGGACGGUGUCGCGAAGAGAUUCUACAAAGUGUAAUAUUUUUAUUUAACAUUAAUUUUCCUUAAAAUCUGUCAAUAAGUUUUAAUUUACAAUAAAAAACUUCUGUUAAGUUUACACUAAA